AUGCAGCCCGAAUUCACAGUCUCCCCAGGCGCAAUCCCUCCCAGGACAUCCAGCAGCGGGCUUCAGUCUCGGCGACAGCGUCAGAGCCAGAGCUUCACCUUUACCAACGCCUUUGCCUCGUCCCUCCCACGUCUGGAAUCUUCGAGUUCCGCUUCCGCUUCCGGCUCUGCUGCCGCUGCCGUUGUCGAACCCCUAAUCGAGCUCCAAAGCGAAGCCGAGUGGCUUGACCCACGCUCCAAGCUAGGCAAACGCCCAGAACAAAUGGCGAAGCGGCCCUUGCACCCUCAACCUCCGCCCCGGAGAAGCUCCAAGCGAGUAAACUACGGCGAGCUCAACAGCACCAACAACAUCAUCAACAACAACGGCAAAGACGACAUGCAGCACCAAAUCAAUCCCUCGGCGCCUCCCGACGUCGCGCGCUUCGCCCACGAUGACUUUGACUUUCGCGGCCGCGGUACUUGGACCGACGACAAGGAGCACAUCGUAAGAGGCCCGUUUGAGUACUCCACCAGCCACCCGGGCAAGGACUUUCGGUCCCAGAUCAUCGCCGCCUUCAACGCCUUCCUCGACGUGCCCCCCGAGAGCCUCAAGGCCAUCACGAGCGUCGUGGGCAUGCUCCACGAGGCCUCGCUGCUGGUCGACGACGUCCAGGACUCGUCCGAGCUGCGCCGCGGCUUUCCCGUCGCCCACAACAUCUUCGGCGUCGCCCAGACCAUCAAUUCCGCGAAUUACAUAUAUUUCGCCGCGCUGCAGGAGCUCGUCAAGCUCGGCAACCAGAACGUCAUCCAGCUGUUUGCCGAGGAGCUGCUCAAUCUGCACCGCGGCCAAGGCAUGGACCUCUUCUGGAGAGACACCCUCACUUGCCCCACGGAGGAUGACUACCUCGAGAUGGUGGGCAACAAGACCGGCGGCCUAUUCCGCCUCGGCAUCAAGCUGAUGCAGGCAGAGUCGACCACCAACGUCGACUGCGUGCCCCUCGUCAACAUCAUCGGCCUCAUCUUCCAGAUCCGCGACGACUACAUGAAUCUGUCAUCGAGCGAGUACAGCCAUAACAAGGGCAUGUGCGAGGACCUGACGGAGGGCAAAUUCUCCUUCCCCGUCAUCCACAGCAUCCGCGCCGACCCCGUCGACCUCCAGCUCAUCAACAUACUCAAGCAAAAGACCACAGAUGUGCAGGUCAAGCGCUACGCCGUCUCCUACAUGGAAUCCAAGGGCAGCUUCGACUACACCCGCCAGGUAGUCGGCACCCUCAUCGAACGGGCCCGCAAGAUGGUCGCGGAGCUAGACGAUGAGAACGGUCGGGCCGCUGGCAUCUACAAGAUUCUGGAUAAGAUGACCAUAUCGUCGUGA